UCUCGAUUGUCUUAUUACUCUCAUACAUGUCCUCCUAUAUAUCUCAAUAAGUCUUCUUUGUCUCUUUAACUCUUUCUCCAUGCCCUCCAUCUCAUCUCUUUUCUUUAGCUCUUUCUCUACAUAUACAAGACUUUGAAGAUCAAUUAUUGAUAGAUAUCUGUAAUCUUUAGCUAAUUUAGAGAAUAUGUCACCAGCAACAACACCUGCAUCUACAAGGUGGUGUCCAACCACCGAGCAACUCAUGAUUCUUGAAGAAAUGUAUAAAAGUGGUGUAAGAACUCCGAAUGCAACUCAAAUUCAACAUAUAACAGCUCAUCUUGCUUAUUAUGGUAAGAUUGAAGGUAAGAAUGUUUUCUAUUGGUUUCAAAAUCAUAAAGCAAGAGAUAGACAAAAACUUAGAAGAAAACUCAUUAAUAGACAACAACAUCACCUUCUUCGCCAUCAUGAUCACCAACAACAUAUUUAUGAACAACCUUCUACAACUAUUGGUAUCGGGCCAGGCCUUCAUCAGUUUCCACAAUUUCUUCCUCCCCAACACGAGGAAGCAGGUGGUGAAAUAAUGCUGCAUCAAGAAGGAAAACAAGCAAGUCAAGUAAUGAAGAGAUACAAAUGGACAUAUGAUGAUAAUACUCCCGAAAGGCUAGUGUUGGUUAAUAACCAUCAAAUGAUGGGGAAAUCAUCACAAUCACCAUCACCGUCCUCAACAACAACAACAGUGAAUAUGUAUGACCGUGAUUGGUUGAUGAUGAUGGAUGUCAUGAAUCCACCAACAACUUUCCAGUAUCCUUGCUGCAACAGCGUUAAUAGUAACACCUACUUCAACAACACCAAUGACAAUAACAGACCUAUUCUCAAAACCCUAGAACUUUUUCCCGUUAAAAGCACCAAUCUCAAAGAUGAAUGCUGUGCUGCUACUACUACUACUACCUCAUCUAAGCAGCAGCAUCUCCAUUUCUUAUCUUCUGCAACCUGUUCAUCCACAACAACAAGCUAACUUAGACUUAGAGAACUCUCUCUCUCUCUCUCUAGGUGUUUUUCUAUCUUUCUUCAUGUAGCUUAUUCAUGAUUUAUCUUGGGGUUUUCUUACUUUUGUCAUCUUGGGUUUAAAUUUCUAAGUUAAUUUUAGUUUGUAUGCAAGAAACAAAGACUCUCUUUGUAUGUCUAACUAGCUACCGAUACAGCUAGCCUAUCUAUAUAUUACUUUUCACUUUAUCA